CCAGUGAGGGAGCGCCACCUGCUGCCGCCUUGCCUUGCCUUACCCCCUCCUCCGCCUCCCUCGUCUGUUCCAAACCCUAAACUAAACAGCAGCAGCGGCAGCAGCAGCAGGGGCCUGCCUGCCAUUGCCAAGUUUUCUGGCAUCGGAAUCACUAUCAUGACUUGCUGUCGGUGACCAUGCCCUUCCCCUUGGCCUUGGCCUUGCCCUUGCCCUUGCCCUUGCCCUUCUCUUCCAUGUUUGUCCACCGCUCUCUCAAACGUUUCCAGCUCGGAGCACUGUCUCCAGCACGCCUCACCUCCGCACCAAUAUCAUUGUCUUCCACGCACCGCCGCCUCCAUUACCUGUAUCCAAAACAUCGUACCUACAGGACCAUCGCUGUCACUUGUCCUUCUCUUCUCCUGAGCCGCACCCGAAAUGCUUCUUCUUUUCUCUUGCCGGCUUUUUACCAGCGGAAUAUCGGGUACGGUAGGUUGGCUUACGAUGAUUACUUAUCGUCCGAGGAUUCUGAUGCCGAAAUUCAGUCUUCUUCCAAACAAUUGAAUGCCUCAACACUUGAUAAUGUUGAAGACUGGAGGCAUAAGUUGACCAUGCUAUUGCGAUGCAAAGAUGAGCAAGAGUUCAUAUCAAGAGAGAAAAAGGACAGACGUGAUUUUGAGCAACUUUCAGUACUUGCAAGCAGAAUGGGAUUGCAUAGCCGCCAGUAUGGAAAAGUAGUAGUGUUUAGUAAAGUUCCUCUUCCAAAUUAUCGAUCAGAUUUGGAUAGCAAGCGUCCUCAGCGAGAGGUGAUAUUGCCAUUUGGGUUGCUGAGGCUGGUAGAUUCUCAUCUCAGGAGUCAUCUAUCGAGAAAAUCUAUGGGCAAGAAAGAGUUUUCACAUGAUGCCUUUUCAACAUUAAAAGAGAAUUGGAGUUCAUCACUUGAUGAAGGAUUUAAUGAGCCGAAGAUGCCUUCAGGCCAAAGUGUUAUAGCUGAGAGAAUUAUUAGGCAGAGAAGCUUGCAAAUGCGCAGCAAACAAGAAGAUUGGCAAGAGUCUCCAGAAGGACAGAGGAUGAUGGAAUUUCGUAAGAGUCUUCCAUCAUAUAAGGAGAGAGAGACUUUUUUGAAUGCCAUAUCUCGAAAUCAGGUAGUUGUUGUCUCUGGUGAAACUGGCUGUGGAAAAACUACACAACUGCCACAGUAUAUCUUGGAAUCGGAAAUUGAAGCAGCCAGAGGAGCAGCCUGUAAUAUUAUAUGUACCCAGCCAAGAAGAAUAUCUGCUAUGGCAGUUGCUGAGAGAGUAGCUGCAGAGCGUGGUGAGAAAAUAGGAGAAUCUGUUGGUUAUAAAGUUCGCCUUGAGGGAAUGAAAGGACGAGAUACUCGCCUCCUUUUCUGUACCACUGGGAUACUUUUAAGGAGGUUGUUAGUUGACAGAAGUUUGAGAGGUGUGACCCAUGUUAUUGUUGAUGAGAUUCAUGAGCGUGGAAUGAACGAAGACUUUCUGUUGAUUGUGCUGAAGGAUCUUCUUCCUCGUCGACCAGAAUUAAAAUUAAUCUUGAUGAGUGCAACUCUAAACUCUGAGCUCUUCUCUUCCUACUUUAGUAGGGCUCCAACUCUCCACAUUCCUGGUUUUACAUUUCCUGUGCGGACUCAUUUUCUGGAAAAUGUUCUAGAAAUGACAGGCUAUAGGCUAACAACAUAUAAUCAAAUUGAUAACUAUGGCCAAGAAAAGAUGUGGAAAAUGCAGAAGCAGGCUGUAAGGAAACGGAAGACUCAAAUAGCAUCUUCUGUUGAGGAUGCUCUCAUGGCUGCUGAUUUUAGAGAGUAUAGUCCUCAAGUUCGGGAAUCAUUAUCUUACUGGAAUCCUGAUUCAGUUGGCUUUAACCUAAUUGAGCAUGUGUUAUCUCAUAUUUGUCACAAAGAAAGGCCUGGUGCUGUGCUAGUCUUUAUGACAGGUUGGGAAGACAUAAAUUCUUUGAAAGAUCAGCUUCAAGCUCAUCCCCUAUUGGGAGAUCCAAACAGAGUCCUGUUGCUUGCAUGCCAUGGUUCCAUGGCCAGUUCAGAGCAGAAACUGAUUUUUGAUAAGCCCGCUGAUGGAAUCAGGAAGAUUGUUCUGGCAACAAAUAUGGCUGAAACAAGUAUAACCAUAAAUGAUGUGGUAUUUGUUGUUGAUUGUGGAAAAGCGAAAGAGACCUCCUAUGAUGCUCUAAAUAACACUCCUUGUUUACUUCCUUCCUGGAUCUCAAAGGCUUCUGCUCGCCAAAGAAAAGGCAGAGCAGGCCGUGUUCAACCCGGUGAGUGUUAUCAUCUCUAUCCUAGGUAUGUGUAUGACGCCUUUGCAGAUUAUCAAUUGCCAGAACUUUUGAGAACACCCUUACAGUCUCUUUGUUUACAAAUCAAGAGUCUCCAACUUGGCAACAUCUCAGACUUUCUUUCAAGGGCCUUACAACCACCCGAACCUCUAUCAGUUCAAAAUGCAGUUGAGUAUCUAAAAAUGAUUGGGGCUCUAGAUGAAGAUGAAAAUCUCACUGUGCUGGGGCGCAACUUGUCUAUGCUUCCAGUUGAGCCUAAGCUUGGGAAAAUGCUUAUAUAUGGUGCUAUUUUCAGUUGCUUGGAUCCAGUAAUGACAAUCGUUGCUGGCUUAAGUGUCAGGGAUCCAUUCUUGAUGCCCUUUGACAAGAAGGAUCUUGCUGAAUCUGCAAAAGCCCAGUUUUCUGCUAGUGACUUCAGCGACCAUCUUGCUCUUGUCCGGGCUUUUGAUGGUUGGAAAGCUGCUGAAAGGGAACAAUCCGGUUAUGAGUACUGCUGGAGAAAUUUUCUUUCUACUCAAACACUGAAAGCCAUUGAUUCCCUAAGGAAGCAGUUCCUUUAUUUGCUCAAAGACAUAGGUUUAGUUGACAACAAUGACAGUUGUAACACAUGGAGUCAUGACAAACAUCUCAUUUCUGCAGUUAUAUGUGCUGGUCUUUUCCCUGGAAUAUGCUCUGUUGUGAACAAGGAGAAAUCAAUAUCACUAAAGACAAUGGAAGAUGGUGCAGUGCUUCUACAUUCGAACUCUGUGAAUGCCCAGGAAGCCAAAAUUUUGUUUCCAUGGCUUGUCUUCAACGAAAAAGUAAAAGUCAAUUCGGUGUUCCUCCGUGAUUCAACUGGUGUAUCUGAUUCAAUGGUUCUUUUAUUUGGGGGAGAUGUCUCUAGUGGUGGACUAGACGGUCACUUGAAAAUGAUGGGUGGGUAUUUGGAAUUCUUCAUGAAGCCUACAGUGGCUGCUACAUACCUGAGUCUGAAGAGAGAGUUAAAUGAGCUUGUUCAGAAUAAGCUUUCCAAUCCCAAGUUGGACACACAUGGCCAUCACGAUCUUCUAAAAGCAGUAAGAUUAUUAAUCUCGGAGGACCAUUGUGAAGGCAGAUUUGUAUUUGGGCGUCAGAUACCAACAUCCUCCACAAAGUCCAGAAAAGAUAAUCAAUCUGGUUCUGGUUCAUUGAACGGAGGGGGCACUAAUGCAAAGUCACACCUCCAAACCUUGCUUUGUAGGGCAGGUCAUGAGUCACCUUCAUACAAGACAAAACAAGUGAAAAACAACAAGUUCAUAUCCACUGUUAUGUUUAAUGGACUAGAUUUUGAUGGCAGACCUUGCACUAGUAAGAAAGAGGCAGAAAAAGAUGCUGCUGCUGAGGCUGUGAGGUGGUUGACUGGUGAAAGCCAUUCAUCUGAAAGAACUGUUGAGUACAUGGCUUCCGUCCUGGGAAAAAGUAGAAGGAAACGGAAAAGUUGUGUUGCAAGGUGGAGGUAGUUGUAAUGAACUGUCUCCACUGUCAGGCAGCAAAAAUACAAUACAGUCAAGAUCUUGAUGUCGGAGAGAAUUCUUUGUUGGUGGAAGCCUUUGUAUUGUGAAAAUUAUUUGGAGCGGAAGAGCAGAGUGUGUUAAGAUUAUGCUGCCACAGAGAGAGGGAGGGAGAGAGGGAGGGCAUGAGCAUUGUAUGACGUCUGUAUAUAAUAUGACGAGAGGGAAUCAAAUGUGGAGUUGGAGCUGGGAGUUGUGCUAAUUCUUGCUUUCCUUCUUUCUUUCAGGGAAUGCGGUAGUAAUCCUACUUGACUGAAUUUAUGAUAUGAGAUUAGCACGUGGGCUACUUACUACCUGUUAUAUGGCAUUUUAAUAUCGACCUAUUUUUUUGCGGUUGCUGCUGCAAGAUUUUAACUGAAGUUUGAUAGAUGAUAGCUUAUGCGAGGAGGCGGGGUUAGGGAGACAAAAGGAUGGCAGCCAUUUCAGAGAGAGAAAGAUAACUCUUAAUUUAUGUAUACUAAUGAUGCAGACUCAGGAAAUAGUAUUGGUUUGGAGGUGAUGAGUUUCAAUGGUUUUCGAGAUAUAUGUAUUACAUACACAUAUCUAUCUGUUCUCGAAUUGAAAGAUGCAGAGCUUUUUUUCCUUUUCAGCUACGAUACGUGAACGUGAUGUCUGUCCCAACAGAGCAGUAGUAAGUAAACAUUUAGUGAGGUGAUGACUGAUUGUGCCAUUUGCAUGUUGUAAGCUAAAGCCAAGCAAGAAAAGAAGAAACAAUUUGUGUGCGAUGCA